UGCCACCAGGCCGUCCCGUCGGCCCUCCCCCACCCUGCUCCUUGCUCCCUGGUCUUUGCUUCCUUGACCCAAUCUUGUGUUAGUGGGAGAGAGCAAAGUCCCUGUUUAUGCCCGUGCCAGGUGUUGGCUAAAGGAGGAGGAGGGGACAGGAAGCCAUGAGUAGGGAGGGGGGCACCCCGGCCUUUUCCGUUCCCAAGCUCCCAGGUUUCCUCUCUUUCAGGAAGGAGCCUCUUCCUUGCCCCCCCUCUUUGCCUUCCCUGACGCUGCUGCCCCCCUCUCCCAGAUGGAGAGCAAGAGUCAGAGGAGCACUAAGUGGAACAGAUUGUACCACUAGGAGGGGGAGGGAUCGGUGUUCCCACCCCGCACAGCUUCUGCCCUUUUGCUUGCCACACGCACCAUUCCCAGGACCCAAGGGAAGCCAGCCUGAGUGGAGUCCACAGGCAGCCAAACCGGGCCCAGCUUGGGGGCAAAGAUGAGGUGGCAGUGAGCUGGGCGGGUGUGAGGCUGGCACAAGUGACUCAGGGCAGUGGGCAUCGGCUCUGGGAUCUCCAGGCCCCAGGCAGGGGGCAGAGUGGCGAGGGGGUAGUGAAGAGGGUGGUGCAACUGUGAACAGGGUAUUGACCUGCUGGAGGGGCAGGUACCCCACCCAUUCAGACCUGCCAGCUCCCUUUGCAUGGAGGACAGUGCCCAGGGCAAGUGGGCACCAUGCCAUCCCGGGGGUCCAGGGGGCUGUCCACAUUUGACAAGGUUCCAGAAUGAGGACUACACGGUACACGUGCGACUGAAUGACUACCUGGACAUCAUCUGUCCACAUUAUGAGGAUGACUCUGUGCCAGAAGCUGCCAUGGAGCGGUACACACUCUACCUGGUGGAACGUGAGCAAUACCAGCUGUGCCAACCCCAAUCUAAGGACCAGGUCCGCUGGCAGUGCAACCAGCCCAAUGCCAGGCAUGGCCCGGAAAAGCUGUCUGAGAAGUUCCAGCGUUUCACCCCUUUUACCCUGGGCAAGGAGUUCAAAGAGGGACACAGCUACUACUACAUGUCCAAAGCCGUCCACCACCAGGAAGACCAUUGCUUGCGGUUGAAGGUGACCGUCAGUGGUAAAAUCACUCACAGUCCCCAGGCCCAUAUCAACUCACAGGAAAAGGGAUUGCCAGCAGAUGACCCGGCUGUGCAGGUCCUACAUAGCAUCGGUCACAGUGCUGCCCCCCGCCUCUUCCCACUUGCCUGGGCUGUGCUGCUCUUGCCAUUGCUGCUGUUGCAGACCCCGUGAAGGUGUACGCCACAUCUGGCGUAAGGAUUGGAACUAGGCUGAGGAGGCAGGGGCAGGCACCCCUCACCUGUCCUGCGGCCCCUCCCAAAGCCUCAGUCCUGGGAACCAUUCCCACAACAUGCACAAGCUGCCACCUGGCAGCCUCAAAACGAGUCAGUAUUAAGGGUUUCAACCAAAAGGUGGUUGGCAAGCCUGCAGUGUGAACCCCACAUUCACCUCAGAGGGUCGAACAAAGAAGUGGGGACAGUGCUUUCCCCACUAUUCCUGCCCUUAAGCCAAAGAAACAAGCUGUGUAGACGGUCUUUUAAAAAGGGCUCUGUGGGAGCCCAGCUGAAGAAAGGACCUGGGGUCCUGCUGAUAGACACUGAGCUCAGCAGAGAUGCCCUGCCCAGAGAGCCAGGAGGCCCAGAUGAACUGACUGAAGGAAAAGCAAGAGGAGGUGUCCUGCUUGGAGGCGAGGACAGCAUGCUUGGGCUGACCCAGCAUCUCCCCCGAGACUUCGGUUUGUGGAGCUGCCACGGAGGGGUUUGCAGCCAGACACUGCAGCCUUCCAGAGCUGUGCCAGCAGGGGGGCUGUGCCAACCUGUUCUUAGAGUGCAGCUGUAAGGGCAGUGCCCAUGUACACAGAGUCUGUGCCUGGAGUUAGCCUGAAGGGCAGUGCCCACUUGUACAGGAUCUGUAUAUAAAUUUGCUGUGCGUCUGAGCUGAUUUCUACAACUGGAGUUUUUUUAUACAAUGUUCUUUGUCUCAAAAUAAAGCAAUGUGUGUGGUUUUUGGACAUGCGUUAUUUGCCCCU